UCCAUGGCAGCCAUGAUCUAACUAACUUGAAACAGGAAAGGAGUACCGGAAUUGUCACGUUAGAUAUCUACAUCGUGUUUAGAUUUUCCUUUAUUGUUUACACAGAGGAGGUGAAUGAUACACUCGCACUGGAAUUCAUGGAUAAGUGUCAAUAAUGUGAUUGCAUCUUCGGUCAAAGCGACCGGGUCUCGAGUUGCUGGACAGGAAUUUCACAUCGCAAGUCAAGCGCCAAAUGUGAUGAGCUGCGAUUAAUGUCAAAUGGUGGAACUUCUUUUAGCCCUGGCGUUGCUGCCAAUAUGUGUUGUUAAAUGGCGAAAUAUGUCAUUUGGUUAAAUGACAUUUAUUACAUCAUCAAAGCUGAAAUGUGUAAAUGAGACACAGUACGAAAGUGUCGGUGAUUUGGGGGCGGUUUGAUGUUGACAGAGUUGACAGUUAAUCUCAACUCAAGUGAUUACCGUCCCUCAGCUGAAUAUACGUGCAUCUGUUGAAAUUAAAUUUUAAUCGCCUGUAGGAUCAGACUUGUGAAGAUCCCAAGAUGGUGAUGUCAGAUACAGAUUACAAGCGGCGGCUAGCCAGCCUUGAAGAAAAGAUGAGAAAUCCAAAUUCAGAGAUAAAUGUAGAUGGUUUGCUGGACAGUAUAACAGCUCUGGUGGCCGAUCUGGAUCAUACAGCCAUCAGGAGGAAUAAGAAUGUGGAACAUUUCCUCCUCCGAUAUACCAAAACUGUAGACUUACUAAAGAAACUUCGUAUGAAAGCAGACGAUUUUGAUGUGAUCAAGGUUAUAGGCCGUGGUGCCUUUGGCGAAGUACAGUUGGUGCGACAUAAAAAGGCUAAGAAGGUGUAUGCAAUGAAGUUGCUCAGUAAAUAUGAAAUGUUGAAGAGAUCCGACUCAGCUUUCUUUUGGGAGGAACGUGAAAUUAUGGCUAAUGCCAACAGCGAGUGGAUUGUCCAGCUUCACUAUGCAUUCCAAGAUGGCCGCUUCCUGUACAUGGUGAUGGACUACAUGCCCGGGGGUGACCUGGUCAACCUCAUGAGUAACUAUGAUGUACCCGAGAAGUGGGCCAAGUUCUACUGUGCUGAAGUGGUCCUGUCCCUAGAUGCUAUCCACUCCAUGGGAUUCGUACACAGGGAUGUGAAGCCAGACAACAUGUUGCUGGAUGGUGCUGGUCACCUCAAACUGGCUGACUUUGGCACCUGUAUGAGGAUGGAUGCGGACGGUCUGGUUCGGUCGGACACAGCGGUAGGGACACCGGACUACAUCUCCCCGGAGGUGCUCAAGUCACAGGGUGGGGAGGGGCUGUACGGCCGCGAGUGUGACUGGUGGUCAGUCGGAGUCUUCCUCUAUGAGAUGCUUGUUGGUGACACACCUUUCUACGCUGACUCCCUUGUGGGCACAUAUGGCAAGAUCAUGGACCAUGCCCGAUCUCUGCAGUUCCCCCCUGAUGUGGACAUGUCAGACCAAGCUAAGAGUAUUAUAUGUGCCUUCCUAACUGAUAGAACAGAGCGGCUAGGACGAAAUGGUGUAGAUGAAAUCAAAAGACACCCCUUCUUUAGAGACGAGAACUGCACAUGGGACAGUAUGAGAAAAAGUGCCCCGCCCGUUGUACCGGAGCUGUCAAGUGACAUAGACACCAGCAACUUUGAUGACAUUGAGAAGGAGGACACACCACAAGAAAACUUCCAGCCACUAAAAGCAUUUGCUGGCAACCAUCUGCCCUUUAUAGGAUUUACAUAUAACAAAGAAUACCAAUUGCUGUGCUCAGGAACAUCACCUCCAGAUUGUGUUGAUUCUGCCGCUAUUGUUCCGGGGAGCAGCAGUGGUGGUGGAGAUGACAGUUCUCGGCACCUGGAGAACCAAGUUAAACAGCUCGUGGCGUCCAAGGAUGACAUUGAGAAAAAAUAUAGGAAUGCUGUGGAGGAUCUGAACCGGGCGUCUCAGGAGGAGUCCAUGGCCAAGAAGGAUCUGACGCAGAUGGAGAGGGCGAUGGCGAUGGUCAAACACGACAUGAAGGAGCUUCAGAGGAAACUGGAAAUGGAGGCCGAGGCGAAGUUAAAGGCUGAGAAUCUGAUGAGGGAGCAAUCCAAGAAGCUGGAGCAUGAGCUGACUUACCGUGCCCAGAUGACGUCCAGCAGCAUGCAGAACAACGAGAAAGUGGCCAGUCUGGAGAGAACAGUUGGAGACCUGAGUGAUAAGUUGCGAGCAGAAACCGAAAACACAAACAAGGUCAAGAGAACGUACAGCGAGUUACAACAGCGCUACACGGUGACAGAGCAGGGCUACACAGACCUCAACAACAAGUACAUGGAGGUGGUCAAUGCCAGGCAGAACAUGGAGCGGGAACUGGUGGCUCUCCAGGCAGCCUUGGACCAGGAACGUAACAACCGCAACCACGAGUCAGAACACACCAUGGAACUCAAUGAUCGGAUCCGAGGGCUGCAGAACGAGAAGGACAGGAUGAUGGACAAGGAGCGUAUGAAUGGUCAAGAGCUGCAGAAAAAGCAGAGCAUUGUUGUGCAAUUAGAAAAGAGGGUGGCCAAUGUGGAACUUGAGAGAGACAACUUCUACCGCAAACUGGAGGGAGAGAUCCAGUCUCACAAGGAGACGGUGGCUCGCUACAAUGCAGACAAGAAGAAUAUCCUCAUGUCCACAGAGGAAGCCAACAUGGAGGCUAUGAAAGAUAUGCAGAGCAAGCUGGACCACGAGCGGGUGGUGCGACAGAACAUGGAGCAGCGCUGCCUGGACAGUGAGAAGAGGAACAGUGAGCUGACAGUCGACCUGACACAGCUGCAGCAGAGGAUCACAUCAUUACAGGCCGAACUCCGCGCAGAGACAGAGAAGUGCCGGAACCUGGGCUUACAGGUUGAACAGGAGGUACAGAGAAGGAACCUCAUGCAGGGAGAUUUCAAGACACAGAACCAGGAGCUUACAAAAGCCAAGGCCAAAGAAAAACAACUGCUUAAGGAAAUUGCCGACUACCGGGAAGAUAAGAGAAACAUGGAAGAAGAUAUGAGGAAGAAGUCUGACGAUGCCUCUGUUAACGACCUUCAGUUAAAGGAAAUCAGCGAACAGCUGGAGGCUGAAAGCUACUUCUCUUCGCUGUACAAGACGCAGGUGAAGGAGCUGAAGGAAGACCUGAGUGAGAAGAAACAGCAGAUACAGGAUCUCAACAAUGACAUCCACACACUCACUGUAGAGAAGGACCAUUGCCUAGCACAGUUGCAGCUGGCCAUGACGAAGGCGGACUCGGAGCAGCUGGCACGGACCAUCGCGGAGGAGCAGCUGUCAGACGUGGAGAAGGAGAAGACCAUGUUGGAGCUGGAGAUCAAGGAGCUUAUGUCCAGACACAAGUCCGAGCUCAACAAGAAGGAGUUUAGUCUCAACCAGAUCGAGGAGUCCAAGAGGGAUUAUGCUAACAACAUUGAGAAGCUGAAGCAGGAAAAUGAUGAUCUUAACAUGAGGAUCAAGAAACUUUCAGAUGAGGCUCAAAAUUCCAAGCAGUCAGAAUGGGAGAAGAUGAAGAAACAGCUGGAUGAAGAAAGGAUGAAGAAAAUCCAGGCUGUCAACAAGCUGGCCGAAAUCAUGAACCGCAAGGAGUACCAGCCCCACAAGUCCAGCAAGGCCAGUGCGGCAGACCUCAAGAAGAAGGAGAAGGAGCUGAGGAAACUACAGCAGGAGCUCACCAUGGAGAAGGAGAAGUACAACCAGAUGGUGGCCAAGAUGCAGCGUGACAUCUCCGACUCCCAGCAGAUCGUGUACGAGGAGAGCCAGAUCCGCCAGAAACUCACCAUGGAGAUGGAUGCCAAGGAUUCAGAGAUCGAAAUGCUUCGGCAGAAACUCUCCGUUACCAACAUGGACUCCGCAUCUGUCAACAGUGGUAGCAUGGAAGAUACAGUGUUGGAGGAAAAUCAAGACUCUCAUAUGGAGGGCUGGUUGGCAGUCCCAAGUCGCUCCAACAUCAAGAAGUAUGGGUGGAAGAAGAGUUACGUUGUCAUCAGCAGCAGAAAAGUCCUCUUCUAUAACAGUGAAGCCGACAAAAUGAAUUCCGCGCCAUCUGUAAUAUUAGAUAUAGACAAAUUAUUCCAUGUGCGGCCAGUGACCCAGGGCGAUGUUUAUAGGGCCGAUGCCAAAGAUGUUCCAAGAAUAUUCCAGAUCCUGUAUGCAACUGAGGGGGAGAGUGCUAUCAGGAAGCCGGAGGAGGACCAGAGCCAGGACAGAGCUGGUGUUCUCUGUUACAAGGGCCAUGACUUCAUCCCCCUACACUUCCGCACGCCGACAACGUGUGACUCCUGCAACAAGCCGGUGUGGCAUAUGCUGCACCCACCCCCUGCGCUGGAGUGCAAGAGAUGUCAUGUAAAAGUCCACAAGGAUCAUUUUGACAAGAAUGAAGAGUUCAUUGCAUAUUGUAAAGUCACGUAUGAUUCCAGUAUACAGGCAAAGGAGAUGAUACUGUUAGCAGAAUCCUCAGAGAAGCAGAAACUCUGGGUGCAACACCUCAGUAAAAAGGUCUCCAAAAAGGGUAUUGUCAGUUCAGGAAAUUUAGGGACAUUACGAGGCACAAAGCAGUAUUCCUCCUAUGGACCCCAGCAGCGUGGCCACGCCAUGGCCAGCAAGUCUGCCACACUACCAGCCAACCCUCGGUCAUGAGGACUCGACCCAACAUUGUCUAGCUUGUCCCAACCCUCGGUCAUGAGGACUCGACCCAACAUUGCCUAGCUUGUCCCAACCCUGUCAUGCAGGGUCUUAUCAAAGAAGUCUAACCCCGGCCAACUUUUGCCUCCUGGUGGCUGUUGGCACCGUAUCAUAUCACUAACCUGCCUGACCCACAGGAUCCCCAGGGAUGGAACCAACCUUACGUCAUGAGCAACUUCAGUAUCUCAGUUUGGGGCAGAACAGGAAGCCCAAUUGCAGUCUACAUAUAUAGUCCUUAGUUGGUACUAGCACUAGGGAGGGGGGUCUGCUGGUUAGUAGAGUGGUGAGAAUGUACCAUGCAGACCCUACACUGACCAACACCUGUACUCUCAUGCAUAUCUCAAGCCAACACUAACCAAUGAAGGAGAUCUGCUGCACUGACACAAGGUCUGACAACAGAAAACCACAUCCACAUGCUUCACUCCCAGCAUGAUGAAACCAGGUGAUUACUUAGAUAGUUGCCACUUAAACAUGGAGGCACAAUGUUGUUGUGAUCGAAUACUUGACUUUUUAUGGCUUAUUUCUUUUGUUGAAAUAUGUAAUCUCUACCAUGGUGUACAGUGUGUCUUAAUGGACAAUGUCCACUACCUCUGCAAAGUUGUGCUUCGUGCUGGGAAGUUGGACGCAUCAAUGUAGCAUUGAUUAUCAGCAUACAAGAACAGACAGGCUGUGACACACAAUCUACACCAGCUGCCGACUACAUUAACCAUUAAUAUGGAAGUUCUCAUAAUUAUUCCCAAUCACACUUCACUUUUGCCAAGCUUUUAUAUUUAAGAAAUCGUACUAUUUAUAUGCAACUGAUCUUUGUGCAGCUACUAUGAUUAUGCAAUGUGGGAUUGUAAAUGUUGUGUUUCAUACAUAUCUUACUUGUUCAGGGCUGAGUAUGGUGGUUCUACAACACAAAAUGUGACAGAGGACACCACGGAGGCACCUCUAGCUCCUGUUAGAAACGCGUGUGGAGUGGUGCAUUGUGUUGUCUUCAUUGCCAAAUUCUGAAAAGAUUCUUUCAGUGCAAUAUGAGAGUAACAUAGCCAUUGGUGUUCAGUAUGCACCAGGGCAGCAGAGUUUGCCAUCUGGAGGGAGGCACGGGACAGACAUAGCUCUCCACUCUUGGAGUGAGAAUAGGCUAUGUAAAAGCAUUUACCAACACAGCCAAAGAUUUUAUGAGCAUUUCUGUGGCUUUUAUACAGGACCCUUGGAAGUUGAUAGUUAAUGGACUCCUUGUUCAAAAUAGUAAGUUCUUCUGUAGUGUCAGGUUGGCAGGUCUGGCAAUGGUAGCUUGUUGGAAUCAAAAUACUCGCAUGUAGUGGUCAUUGCAGGAACUACAUUGUGUUUAAUAGCUUUGUAUGCUGCACAAACAUCUCUAUGCCUAGUGUAUGUCAGCUUUUGACAAUAAAACUGAAGAAUUCUUCUCCAGGUCUCAAUGUAUCGGAUUAAGUGCCUAAUUAUGUAAAUGCCUAGUGCUGGAGGAUGGCUAGUUUUUACAGUGUACCUCCUAAAUACCCAGAAUACCAACCAUGAUGAAAUCCACCUUGGUCUUGUGGGUUGUCUCCAGUGAUGAAUAUGUUGUCAAUCCUGCUGAUGUUGAAUGUUUGACUGGCUUUGAGUUUGUCAUCCUGUCUAUGUGGGCACAGGCUGGUUGUGUUGGAUGACACAGGGACAGUUGGGCAUGGGAGCGUGGGUAGGCUGGUCGAGAUGGGAUGUGAGGGGGGUGGGGUGGGGAGGACCGGGAUGAGGGGAAGGAGGGGCCUGAGAUGGGAGAAAAAGGGAAAGUGAAGAGCUUAUUGGUGCUAUAACCUGGAUUAUAUGGUAUGAUCACUUUGUUUAUCUAGAAAAGACCUAGAUAUCUUCUCAAGGUAUCCAAGUUGAGUGUGAUAUUUUGAUAAUUUGUUGGUGAUUGUUAUCUUUAUCUGUCAGAGCUUAUUUUUCUCUGUUUGGCAUGUACUAUUUCUCCACUGAGCUUUGUGCAGCCAUGUUGUUUGUGAGAAGUGUUGACACACACACCUUCACCUCAUGAUGACCAUAAUACCCACACAGCUGGCAUUCUUCCUGUGUACACCUGCUUGUGCUUCUCACCACGUUAACCUGCUGCCUGGAUCUUCUUAUGGAGGGAACAUGUCUGUGAGGGAAGCUUCACCUCCCACCACGUUAACCUGCUGCCUGGAUCUUCUUAUGGACGGAACAUGUCUGUGAGGGAAGCUUCACUUCCCACCACGUUAACCUGCCGCCUGGAUCUUCUUAUGGUGGGAACAUGUCUGCGAGGGAAGCUUCACCUCUCACCAUGUUAACCUGCCGCCUGGAACAUCUUAUGGAGGGAACAUGUCUGUGAGGGAAGCUUCACCUCUCACCACGUUAACCUGCCACCUGGAUCUUCUUAUGGUGGGAACAUGUCUGUGAGGGAAGCUUCACUUUCACCACGUUAACCUGCUGCCUGGAACAUCUUAUGGAGGGAACAUGUCUGUGAGGGAAGCUUCACCUCUCAUCACGUUAACCUGCUGCCUGGAUCUUAUGGAGGGAACAUGUCUGUGAGGGAAGCUUCACGCCCCACCACGUUAACCUGCCGCCUGGAUCUUCUUAUGGAGGGAACAUGUCUGUGAGGGAAGCUUCACGCCCCACCACGUUAACCUGCCGCCUGGAUCUUCUUAUGGAGGGAACAUGUCUGUGAGGGAAGCUUCACCUCCCACCACGUUAACCUGCCGCCUGGAUCUUCUUAUGGAGGGAACAUGUUUGUGAGGGAAGCUUCACCUCUCAUCACGUUAACCUGCUGCCUGGAUCUUCUUAUGGUGGGAACAUGUCUGUGAGGGAAGCUUCACUUUCACCACGUUAACCUGCUGCCUGGAACAUCUUAUGGAGGGAACAUGUCUGUGAGGGAAGCUUCACCUCUCAUCACGUUAACCUGCUGCCUGGAUCUUCUUAUGGAGGGAACAUGUCUGUGAGGGAAGCUUCACGUCCCACCACGUUAACCUGCCGCCUGGAUCUUCUUAUGGAGGGAACAUGUCUGUGAGGGAAGCUUCACCUCCCACCACGUUAACCUGCCGCCUGGAUCUUCUUAUGGAGGGAACAUGUUUGUGAGGGAAGCUUCACCUCUCAUCACGUUAACCUGCUGCCUGGAUCUUCAUAUGGAGGGAACAUGUCUGUGAGGGAAGCUUCACCUCUCACCAUGUUAACCUGCCGCCUGGAUCUUCUUAUGGAGGGAACAUGUCUGUGAGGGAAGCUUCACCUCCCACCACGUUAACCUGCUGCCUGGAUCUUAUGGAGGGAACAUGUCUGUGAGGGAAGCUUUACAUCAGUUGGGAGGGAUGCAAUGUCCUCUAUCUCCUGGAAAUGUCUUGUUCUGUUAAGGGGCCAGUGCAUUAAUAGAUAACUUUAUAUAAGAGUAAAAAUUAAUGUUCAGUGCGGUUUCAGUGAUCUUGGUAAAAUUCCUGGGUCCACUGACACAAUGUAAUAUUUUCUUCUCUGAGGCGCAAUUAGAAGUUGGAGUUCUAUGUAAGGAUAAGAUAUAUGGAUGAACAACUUCUUUAUUACAAUUAGGAGUGACAUUUCUGUUGUAGGUUCUAACACCAUUAUCAAGCAAGUGAUGUACAAAGUAUGGUUGACAAGCAUAUGUAUAGGUAUGAGGCAGUGUUUAUGCAGUUGAGUAGAUUGGGAUGUGGUUACACUGGAGUCGAGAAGCCUGUUAUGUACACAAAAGAGGUGAUAGAAGGUAAUAAAGAAGUUGUUAUCCAUACAUGUUAUCCUUACUUACAAGGUAAUAUUACAUGUUCACAGUGACACAUGGUAAUAUUACUGGGUUCACAGUGACACAUGGUAAUAUAACUGGGUUCACAGUGACACAAGGUAAUAUUACUGGGUUCACAGUGACACAUGGUAAUAUUACUGGGUUCACAGUGACACAAGGUAAUAUUACUGGGUUCACAGUGACACAUGGUAAUAUUACUGGGUUCACAGUGACACAUGGUAAUAUUAUUGGGUUCACAGUGACACAAGGUAAUAUUACUGGGUUCACAGUGACACAUGGUAAUAUUACUGGGUUAGUGACACAUGGUAAUAUUACAUGUUCACAGUGACACAAGGUAAUAUUACUGGGUUCACAGUGACACAUGGUAAUAUUACUGGGUUAGUGACAUGGUAAUAUUACAUGUUCACAGUGACACAUGGUAAUAUUUCUGGGUUCACAGUGACACAAGGUAAUAUUACUGGGUUCACAGUGACAAAAGGUAAUAUUACUAGGUUCACAGUGACACAAGGCAAUAUUAUUGGGUUCACAGUGACACAAGGUAAUAUUACUGGGUUCACAGUGACACAUGGUAAUAUUACAUGUUCACAGUGACACAUGGUAAUAUUACAUGUUCACAGUGAUACAAGGUAAUAUUACUGGGUUCACAGUGACACAUGGUAAUAUUACUGGGUUCACAGUGACACAAGGUAAUAUUACAUGUUCACAGUGACCCAUGGUAAUAUUAUUGUGUUCACAGUGACAAAUGGUAAUAUUACUGGGUUCACAGUGACACAUGGUAAUAUUACUGGGUUCACAAUGACACAAGGUAAUAUUACUGGGUUCACAGUGACACAUGGUAAUAUUGCUGGGUUCACAGUGACAGUAAUAUUACAUGUUCAUAGUGACACAUGGUAAUAUUACUUGGUUCACAGUGACACAAGGUAAUAUUACAUGUUCACAGAGACACAAGGUAAUAUUACAUGUUCACAAUGACACAUGGUAAUAUUACUGGGUUCACAGUGACACAUGGUAAUAUUACGCGGUUCACAGUGACACGGUAAUAUGACUGGGUUCACAGUGACAGAAGGUAAUAUUACUGGGUUCACAGUGACACAAGGUAAUAUUACUGGGUUCACAGUGACACAUGGUAAUAUUACUGGGUUCACAGUGACACAUGGUAAUAUUACUGGGUUCACAGUGACACAAGGUAAUAUAACUUGGUUCACAGUGACACAUGCCAAAAUUACAUGUUCACAGUGACACAAGGUAAUAUUACAUGUUCACGGUGACACAGGGUAAUAUUACUGGGUUCACAGUGACACAUGGUAAUAUUACUGGGUUCACAGUGACACAAGGUAAUAUUACUUGGUUCACAGUGACACAAGGUAAUAUUACUGGGUUCACAGUGACACAAGGUAAUAUUACUGGGUUCACAGUGACACAAGGUAAUAUUACAUGUUCACAGUGACACAAGGUAAUAUUACAUGUUCACAGUGACACAGGGUCAUAUUACUGGGUUCACAGUGACACAUGGUAAUAUUACUGGGUUCACAGUGACACAGGGUAAUAUUACUGGGUUCACAGUGACACAUGGUAAUAUUACUGGGUUCACAGUGACACAGGUAAUAUUACUGGGUUCACAGUGACACAAGGUAAUAUUGCUAUGUAAGCUGUGGUUUAGCGAGACAUUCCAGGCAUGUCGAGUGCUGUGGCCUGUCCACUCUUACACACAGAAGGCACUGCAGCCAUGUUUAUUAACUAGUUCAAUUCUGAGUUUUUAUAACAUCUUAUAUAAAUCAAAAGAGCAAGUCAUGCAGGCUCCAUUGAUAGAGGAUGUCAGGUGUGCUCCUGUUAGUCAACUAUAGAAAUGGUCCAGCACUGUGACAGGCUGUGAGCUUGUACACUUCCUAGAUGACACAUAGUAGCCAUCGUGCCUUCACUGGAUUGGUAACAUGGGAGUCUCCUUUGUCGUUGAGCUGCCCAGAUAAGUAUUAGUCUGCAUCCAGAAAUACUCAGAAUUUCUGCUGUUAGCUAUUGGUGAGAUCAGACAUAGCCCAAUCAUUGUAGCCAACAUAUACAUAUACAUAUACAUACAUACAUACAUAUAUAUAUAUAUAUAUAAGUGGUACCUGUGGUUGUGAGUAGCCCUAGUAACAGAAUAUUAUUGACCCGGCAAAUAUAAGUAUGUAACAGGUUCUACCUUCAAUAUGAUCUGUAUAUUUCUGAAAUUAUAUCAAAUAAUCUCACUUCUAUAUUCGUUCCAUAAGGACAGACAUCAUAUGUAAAUCUGUGUUUAAAGAUUUGACAAAUUUUAUUUUCAACAUUGGUAUAUAUUGUAAAUACUUUGCUUCGUUGUGUAUCUGCAUGCAUUACUGAUUGUAAAUAUUGAAGUUUGUGUAUAUGCAAUAAUGUGUUCAGAUACAAGCUGUGUGGCAGGCUGGCUCAUGCACUGUUGUCAGCUGUGUGCUUCUACCACACGUCUGGGAGAUACGUCUACACUGAAUCCUACUGAACUCACUUCCAGGAAUUUUUAGAACUGGUUAAGGUCUUCCAUGUAUUAGAGCAAACUAAUGAUCAAAAUCAUUUAUUUGUUGUUGAAUAUUGAUUUAGUACCCUUAGUCCCUGAAAUCUGGUAAGUGGAACAACACCGUGAUAGUAGCAUGGACAGUUUGUUAUUUGUUAUACAAUGUUUAUGAACAAGUUCUAUAGCCAUGGCUGCUUCAGUGCUGCAGGAUAUGUUGUGUAGCUUCAUGUAUCAGUGGAGCAAGAGCGCAACUUGCAACUCUCAUAAUGUGACAGUGCCAGGAUCUCACCAUGUGAUUUUGUUUAGUAUUGUGUAUGUUAGUCUGCUGCUGCUGUCUGCUGUCUGCAUAGUAGAGCAGUCUAUAACUGCCUGAGCUUGCAUCUCUGGGUGGAGUAUGCCCCUAUCUUCAAUACCAACCAGGAACCACUAAGCUAGAAUUAUUGAAUCAUGGUAUUAUAGUCAGAUUUGGGCUGACCAUUGGGUGCCACAGCGGCUGUCUGUGUGUGUGUGCAUGUUGUAGCAGGGGGAAGCAGCCUGUGUGACUGCUGUGUAUACACAUGUAGGAUGUACAGACUCCUCAUCACUCUGUGCUAGCAGCAGGAGGGGGAACCCACUGCUUCAUUAAUCCUAACCUAGUUGGCUGUAUUCAACUACUAGCUCCAUUUGCUAUUUUUCAUAAACUUUAAAUUCAUGUAUGUGUUCAGGAAAGCCUUGUGUAACAUGAUGACACCUCCUGUUGCAUGUCAAACUCCCACAAUGGUAAUAAUAAAAUUAUCAAAGAUAA